AUGGCUUCGGGAAAGUUGCAUCUCAAACGAACGCCUGCUGAGCAAGCAGAACGCGAGUUCCACGGAGCGAAGAAGGCAGCGCGCAGAGCAGCCAAGCGGCAUCGUCACGACCUUUCCGAGUCUUCAAGCGACGAGUAUCGCCACGAGCAGGCAAAUUCUCCCCCCAGCAAACGUGGCCGGACGGGCCACUCGAAACCCUCUGGGACCGGCGCACCCUCGUCUGAUUAUUCAUAUGUGUUCUACGACAGCGUAGACGAGGACGGCCCGGUCCCGUUGCCUUCCGCCUCUGCCUCCGCCUCCGCGUCGUCCUCGCGGGCGCACAAACCGGACUAUGACCAAAUCCGUGCGCAGCUCGAGGAGGAGCGCUUCCGCGAGAAGAUGUUCGGCGCGAUGGAGGAGGACGAGCGGUUAGACGGGCUGGAGUCGCAUUUGAACUCGUACGCGCACAUUCCGCGGAGGUGGCGGGGCGGGGGCAUGGACAGGAUGGACGACGAGCUGGGCAUCGAUCCGCAGUUGAUGGAGGAGGACGACUAUGCAGAAUGGAUAAGGGCGGGAAUAAGGAAGCAUGCAGAAGAGUAUGCGGAGCGUGAGCGCAAGAAGGCGGAACGUGCCGCUCGGCGGGCGCGCGAGAAGGCGAUCAGGGACGAGACGAAGCGUCUCGAGAGGGCGGAAGAUGAAGACAGGAAGCGGCGCCAACGAAGCAGAGAACGCAGGCGUGCAGUGGAAGUUAGGGAACAGUACGAUGCGCGGUGGAAGAUGCUCCUAGCUUCAGGCGAGGACGGUAUCCUGCGAUUCGAAGACGUCCCAUGGCCGGUCAUUCCUCCGGUUCUCAGCAGCAAGAGGAGCACACAUCACUGGCGGAUAUCGAUAGAGCAUCUAACGAUAGAGGCCAUCUCUGCAUUCCUGUUCCCUCCAGGAGAGUCUAGCGAUGGUGAGAGAGAGGAGAGGAAGAAAGAUCGGAAGGAGAAGCUCAGGGAGACUAUGCUACGCUUUCAUCCGGACAAGUUCGAGGGGCGAAUUAUGCGUCGUGUGCGGGAAAGCGAACGGGAGAAGGUCAAGGAGGCUGUGGGCAUUGUGGUCCGGACUGUCAGUGGCUUGAUGGGAGAGGCAAAAUGA